AUGGGUAUCAAAGGCCUUCAUGGUCUGUUGAAAUCCAUCCAAAAACCAUGCAACUUGAAGAAAUUCGAUGGACAGACUUUGGGUGUUGAUGCCUAUGGAUGGCUUCACAGAGGUACCGCUGCCUGCGCGACAGAGUUGGCCUUGAAUAAACCUACCACCAGACAUGUCGACUUCGUGCUCAACCGUGUUCGUAUGCUGUUGUUCUUUGGUGUGACGCCCUACCUAGUUUUCGAUGGCGGUGACUUGCCCAGCAAAUCCGGAACCGAAGCGGACCGAUUCAAAAAGCGAGAGGACAGCAGAAAACUGGGAUUGGAAUUGCAAAGCAUAGGUCGCACGGCAGAAGCAUACCAGGAAUUCCAAAAGGCUGUCGACGUUACACCUGAAAUGGCCCGACAGUUAAUUGAAGAGCUGAAGCGAAUGAAGAUCCAAUACGUCGUAGCUCCAUAUGAAGCAGACGCUCAGCUGGUUUAUCUGGAACAGCAGGGAAUUAUCAAUGGUAUUAUUUCUGAGGAUUCGGAUUUAUUGGUGUUUGGUGCAAGGCGACUCCUGUCGAAACUGGAUCAACAUGGCGACUGCAUUGAGAUCAACCGCGGCGAUUUUGCGGCUUGUAGAGAUAUCAGCUUGAUUGGAUGGAUAGAUGCUGAUUUUCGUCGAAUGUGUAUAUUGAGUGGUUGCGACUAUUUAUCCAACAUACCGAAAUUGGGAUUAAAAACGGCUUAUCGCAGCAUGCGAAAAUAUAGGGAUGUGGAGAAAGUCCUCAGAGUACUUCAGUUUGAAGGACAUUAUCAGGUUCCCGCUGGAUAUCUUGAUAACUUCAGAAAGGCAGAGAACACAUUUCUGUACCAGCGGGUUUUCUGUCCUACGGCGCAGAGAUUGGUCACGCUUACUGUCCCGGACCCUGGCAUGAACUUGGACGAGAUGCCUUAUAUAGGCGCGGAUUACGAUCCGGAAAUUGCAAUUGGUGUUGCAUGUGGCGAUUUGCAUCCGGUGACUAAAGAGACCAUCAAGUACACUCAUUUUGCUUCAAGGCUUGUACCAGGCUUAAUGAGAAGACAGACGUUAGCAUCCUCGGCUGAACUCAAGCCGAAAAGAUCAAUUGAGUCCUUUUUCACGCCGAGACGUCUGCCUCUUACUGAGUUGGAUCCAAACAGUCUUACUCCAUCUCCAACUCAACAACGUCUACUCGAGCGCCAUGCGAACAGUUCAUGGCUACCUAGUCCGGUUAAUGUUCUGGGAUUGACUCGGUCAAACUCUUCGACUUCUUUGAGCCGUCAAUUUAGUGGUACACCUCGAGCUGUCGAAAGGGAAUCAUUCCUCGCCCGAGCUGCUAAAGUCUCCUCCACACCGACUGCGACCAAACGCCCGCGACUUUGCUCGGAUGCAGGUGAUGAUGCACUUCCAACGCCUCCUGAGCAAGCAAGAAGUCGCUUCUUCACGGGCUCGAGUGCACGACCCAGCCCGAGUAGCCAGAAAUUCUCGUUGACAAAGAAAGCUCGGAGAUCUACCUUUGGUGUCUUCUCGGAUGAGUUGGCUGAAGAUAUAAUGUGCCAGCUUUCUUCGGAAACAUUCGAGUCUCUCAACUCGAAUGAGAAAGUUGAAAGUGAACAAUCGUCAAUACUAAGCACAUCAACAGAGGCAAUCAACACUCCAGAAGGGGCUCAAACUUCCGCUGACGAGUGCAUUGAAGAACAGUCAUGCGCUGUCGUGGAGUCUGAUACUGUUGUGGAGGAUCAAGAUACCAAAAGUCAGGAAGACAGCGUUGGCAGCGACAAGCAGUCUGUCAGCAUCGAUGAGAACUCAGAGCUAUUUAACCAAGUCAUGGAAGCACAGGUUCAGACGCAGAAUGGGUCGUUGCUCUCGAAGUUUGUGUUUAAAGGGACUACUAGUAGCCCUAGCAUAUCCUCUCCUUCAGUGCUUGAGAAACCUUCACCUUUACGCAUGGCGGCAUCACAGUCUCGCUCGCCGCCACGACCUGCCACACAAACAAUCAAUCGAAGUGGCUCGCUUCGCCGCCGGCUCACUCCACUACAGCGACUGGGGCAAAGCGCAUUGGCAAGGUCCAAGUCUAUGGAUACCUUUAUGACACAACGGAUGUUAGCGAAAGCCGCGGGAGACUCUGGAUACGAGUCUGAUCUGACAAGAGACAUGCCGCAAGAGGCCCAUCUGAAAGCUGCCAACCACCAAGGAAGUGAAGAUCAGAUCAUUCCUUGUAGCGAUGAAGAAGAAGAGACUGAAGAGUCGUUAAACGACAGCGAACCACCAAAAACCCUUGAUUUGAAGCGAUUCUCUUUUGUUCCGGAGUAGACGGAUAUUGAUAUGAUAUUUGGGUAUUGAACGCAUUGUAUAGGAGUUUUGGUACGGUGUUAAGUUUGGUCUACAGGUUGGUAUUGGGAAUAGGACUGUUCAGUUGGCGUAUGGAUAAAUGGGUAGGAUAAUCAAUGUAUUUCCUCUUUCGGUC